AUGACAAAAAAGAGACAAAAAAUUUUAAAAAAAAAAAAACAAAAGGGAAUUCCCUACUUAGGUGCGAAGUUCAUUCGGGGAGUGCUUGGCGUGGGAGCCACUUCUGCAGGUGUGUGUACGGCAACUAUUUGGUUCAUUCUGAUGGUCCCCCCGCAGGGAGGAACAAUGAACCCCGGGUCCCUAGACAGAGCCAACCACUUGUUGCCCUCCCUAGUGGCGGGAAAUUAUGAAAAGAAACGGAAAGCCGAUAAGCGUACCGCCCAGAAGAAUGAGGAAGAGCCAAGUGAAAAUUUUCUAAUCAGUUUAAUAAAAGAAAAGAGGGAAAGGGAGAGGAGCGAAAACGAGGAAAAGGAGGAGGAGGAGGAGGAGGAGGAGGAGGAGGAAGAGGGAGACGAGUCUUUGCAAAAUGACGAUGAGUACAAUUUAAGUGAAAACGACGAUGACGACGAGGGACUGGCAGACAAUGAUAAUUUAAAUGUGUACGCGAUAGAGGACGAGGUGGACGAGGAGAGCAACGGAAGGGGCAGAAAUAAAAAGAGGGCUAGCAAUCGAAACAGUAACCCUAACCCUAAUUGGAAACCAGCCGAAAAUAAACGCAGCCAGAAAAGAAGUUUACGGCAAAAAAAAGAGGUACCCAGAGAUACCCCCUCAUCCAUAUUCAAUAUCAGGCGGUAUAAAAACCUCCACAAAUUUAAAAAAAUGACAGCAAAAAUAUUCAAAAAUAUGCUGCACGCGUUUAUGUACGACCCUGACUACAUGGACAUCCUCGUCUACUUCACGACGGACGCGGCGGAUUUGAUAAUGAAUCAGUAG